ACAGUUUUGUGCCCAGGAAUUCCGUAACGUGGACGUGAGGCAUUGUUAUUUAAGAAUGGAAGAGGAUACAGAUUUUAGAAUCCGGUUUAGUUCUUUGUGUUUUGUUACUGAUCAUGUUGGAUUUCGUGGCACUAUAAAAAGCUCACCAAGUGAUUUUGUUGUUAUAGAGAUUGAUGAACAGGGACAGUUAGUUAAUAAGGCACCAAGUAAACUGAUUAGUAAAGUACUACCUGAGCCAAAUAACUUUGCCAAAAAGACAAAACUUGAUCUUCAGAAUUUAUCCUUUGAAGAGGGAAGCAACCAAGAAGUUAGUAUUUUUGCUGGGUGCUCUGGUGCUGAUCAAUAUCAUCAAUCUGGUUCAGAAAGGGAAGAUACUAUCAGUGAUGGGACUUCCAAAGGCGAAGAAGAAACAGUUGAUGUUUUAGGUACCUUGUUAGAUGAAAAAACUAACGAACUACUGAAUCACUUUGCCUGUGAUAUAAAAGAGAAGUGGAAUUCUAAAACUGAGCUAAUUGGAUCAUCUCUUGAAUUCUCAUUAGGCAGAAUCCUUGACAAAAACCAGAGGGCUCUUCUGCACAGUGCUAUUAGGCAGAAAUUUCCUUUUUUAAUAACUGUAGGUAAAAACAGUGAGAUUGUUGUAAAACCAAAUCUUGAGUAUAAGGAACUCUGUCACUUGGUAUCUGAAGAAGAAGCAUUUGACUUUUUUAAAUAUUUGGAUGCAAAAAAAGAAAAUUCCAAAUUUACUUUUAAACCUGAUACAAACAAAGACCACAGAAAAGCUGUCCACCAUUUUGUCAACAAAAAGUUUGGAAACCUUGUGGAAACCAAAUCUUUCCCUGAGCUCAAUUAUAGUGCUGGCAAUCCAAAUGUAGCAAUAACAGUAAGAUUUCGGGAAAAAACACACAAGCACAGGAAGAGGUCUCUUUUUGAAUACCGGGAUCGAAAAGUUAUAUAUACAGUUCUGCAAAUCUUUCUAAUGCCUGAUUUCAUAGAAGUCAGCUGGAUUCUCAUAUCUGUUCUUGCAUUCAGUCUGUUGGAAUUUCUUGUUUUGAAUGAAUCAAAAGAACAAAACUUAGCUUCACACAGCCUUUACGCUACGGAAAGAAAAUCUGGAAAUGUUUGAAGCAGUUGGUUUUUUAGCUAUGAAACUUGGUGUGAUUCCUUCAGAUUUUAGUUAUGCAGGCCUUAAAGACAAGAAAGCUGUCACCUAUCAAGCAAUGGUUGUUAGAAAAGUGACUCCAGAGAGGUUGAAAAAUAUUGAAAAAGAAAUUGAAAAGAAAAGAAUGAAUGUGUUUAAUAUUCGAUCUAUAGAUGAUUCCCUUAGACUUGGUCAGCUCAAAGGAAAUCACUUUGAUAUUGUCAUCAGAAAUUUAAAAAACCAGAUAAAUGACUCUGCAAACCUGAAAGACAGAAUUUUAGAGGCAAUAGAAAAUGUUAAGAAUAAAGGGUUUGUAAAUUACUAUGGACCGCAGAGAUUUGGGAUGGGAAGGAAAGUUCACACUGACCAGAUUGGAUUGGCUUUGCUGAAGAGUGAAAUGGUGGAGGCUGUGAAAUUAUUUCUUACACCAGAAGAUUUGGAUGAUCCUGUAAACAGAGCAAAGAAAUAUUUUCUUCAAACUGAGGAUGCUAAAGGCACACUUUCAUUGAUGCCUGAAUUCAAAGUUCGAGAGAGAGCAUUGUUGGAGUCACUGCAUCGCUUUGGCAUGACGGAGGAGGGUUGUAUCCAGGCGUGGUUCUCUUUUCCCCAUUCUAUGCGCAUAUUCUACGUUCAUGCAUAUAGCAGUAAAAUUUGGAAUGAGGCAGUAUCCUACAGACUUGGAACCUAUGGGUCAAGAGUAGUAGAGGGUGAUUUGGUCUCUUUGGGUGAAGAUGUUGACGAUGAACAUUUCCCAAAUAAUAAAGUUCAUCUAGUAACUGAAGAAGAGGAAUCAGCUAACACAUAUGCAAUACAUCAGGUGGUUCUUCCAGUGCUUGGAUACAAUAUUCAAUACCCGAAGAACAAAGUAGGGCAGUGGUACCAGGAAAUACUUAGCAGAGAUGGACUGCAGACAUGUAGGUUUAAAGUACCUACUCUGAAACUGAAUGUUCCAGGAUGCUAUAGACAGAUAUUGAAAUGUCCCCACAAUGUCUCAUACCAACUAAAGGAAGAACAUGAUACUGAUGUCAAAAUGGAAGGUUCCCACAUUGGUGAAGCAACUUUAUCUCUUUUGAUCUCUUUUGAUCUUGAUGCUUCGUGUUAUGCUACGGUCUGUCUGAGAGAGAUAAUGAAGCAUGACUUUUAGAACCAUUAGCCUUGAUCUAAUCGUAUCUGUCAUUCUUUAGAAGAGAGGGAGCUAAAAUUUCUGGAGCAUCUACCAUUUACCAGGAGCUUUAUAAUUGUUAUCUCCUGUAAUUACAAAACAUCCUGAGGAACUAGGAAUUUGAUGCUGAUGUUCCAGAGGACAUAGAGCUAGUAAGUGGCAGCAUUUGAAUUUAAGACUGCAAAGCUUAUGUUCCUUCUAUGAUCUAAUGUUUCAGUGACCUUUAUUCUGUGCUAUAAAGUUUACAAUCUUUCUGGACUAUUCAGAGCAUAUAAUACUGCAAGGUAACAUGUAAAAAAAAACAUGUUUGGAGUAAUGUUGAUAUCCUCUACUUGCUUAGAAUGUAGAUGAAACUAGAUUUUAAUGAAAGCGUAUGAUUAGAGAGAAAGAUAAAUGAAGCAUUUUGUUAAUUAUUAUUGUCAUUCUCCAUUUUUUAAAUCAUUUAUCAGAAUAAUACAUUAGGGAAAUAUAAUUUCUAUUAUGGUAGCUACCCCGGGGUAUUUACCUCUUUAUGAGAUAAAUAAUCUUCGGUGAAGAUUGAAAUAAAAUUUUUCAUACAAUUUC